GCUUGAGGAAGCAUACCUAAAAGCAGCAGCUCCUGUAAAGAAGAGGAAGAAACUUUUCUUAGCAUUUCCAUAAGGAAGACAGCAUCAAAACAAGCCAUGGAAAUUAGAAUUUUGAGCUAAUUUUCUCCCUAGGAACAGGGGCAUAUCUAGAAAAAAAGAAGAAGUAAAACCAGAAAUAAAACAAAAUUGUUCGUGGUGAUUUUUUUUCAUCUGGACAGCUUCACUGUGGAAUUAAAGGGAUUUAUAAAGUCAAGCUCAGAAUAUCCCUCUGUCAAGGGAACAUCAAGGAUUCUGGUGCUUUAUCACCCAGCUCUAGAGGCAUGAGUUGGUUCCCCAAAAGCCUUGGGAAUUCCCAAGGGAGCAUUGGGCAACUGAAAAAUCGACUGGAAGAUCUGAAAAAGCCCUGGAAGAAAGAAGCCAGCCCUUCAAUGCUACAGCAUAGCGAGACUGCCAGGCUAGCUGUGGAUGCCUUCCUGGAACAAGGAGAAACUGGCUAUCUGCAAGUCAUCACUAAAGAAAAAGAACUACCCUUCCUCUCCACAAUGGACAUGGCUUACAUGAGCCAGCACAUCCAAAGCAUCCCAGAAUCUCCAAAGAAGGGGCUGGAGGCAGGAUUCUCAAGAGCUGACAGCAUGGACAGGGAAUCUCUCCUCUCUGAGGUGACAUCUGGGACAUACUUCCCAUUCAUGUCAGAUAUUGAUCCCCCUCAACUGGAGCUCGGUUGGCCUAUGAUGCCUUCUGUCACAGUGCUCAACCGAACAGAAGUCAGCUUGUAUUUCCAAAGGGACAAGGCAAACAAUGUGAAAGAAUUACUUCGAUCUCUAAUAAGCAAGGCCAAGACAGUGAUUGCAAUUGUGAUGGAUCAAUUCACAGAUAUGGAAAUACUCAGUGAUCUGCUAGAAGCUUCAAACAAACGUCGGGUUCCUGUUUAUCUGAUCCUUGAUGAAAAAAACCUAAAGGAGUUUACAGAAAUGUGCAACAAAAUGGAGGUCACCAUGGAUGACUUUCUGAAUAUGCGCAUACGAUCUGUAAGUGGAGACAUAUACUACAGUAAAGCUGGCAAGAAGCUUACAGGACAAGCCCUUGAGAAAUUUGUAUUGAUAGAUUGUGAACAAGUCCUUGCAGGGACUUACAGUUUCACAUGGCUGUGCAGCCAGGUACAUACCUGUUUAGUGAUGCACUUCAAAGGAAAAAUUGUUGAUGAUUUUGACAGAGAGUUCCGAUGCAUAUAUGCUGAAUCUUGUUCGGUGAAUCAUCUUGGAAUGCCCAAUGCUGAAAAUUCCACAUCUGCUCCUUACAAGACCAUGCAGAAAUUUGAGCCCAUUUUAAAACAUAUUCAACGGAAUGAGUAUGAAGGUGUCAGUCCGUCAAGUACCCUUUCAAAUUCCAGUGUUGUGACUAUCAAAAAAUCACCAUAUCAUAACCAAUCAAUUUCCAAUGUAUUCUGUGAAAAGAAAGAAUUAACUCCAUGUGAAACAAAAAAGACCAUUUCAGGCUUAAUAGGACAUAAUGACUUGAGAUACCAUCCCAGGGAGUUGCCAGACUCUAACUGCAACAUAUUAGAUAAAUUAAAGCCUCCACUCAAUGAUGCUUCUAAUUUAUUGAAGUUUAAAACAUCUUUGCUAUCAGCAUCUUCACCGAUAUUAGCUGACAAUACAGGAAAUGGACAUGUUUCUGAGAAUAUGGGAACAAAAGAUAACAAGAAGUUCCUUUAUACUCAACCAGUUGAAAAUGCAAGCAAACUACAUAAGGAUGACAAACCACUAAAUCAUGGAUACAAUCAAUUAGAAUUCAUUAACAAUCCUACUAAAUCUGUACAUUAUGAGAUGAAGGGCGCAGUUCCUAGAUUCCUUGAUGCCUCUGAGGAUAUGCCAACGGAGAACAAUAGCAACAUAAAUAGAGUUGAUAAAAGGAGAACUCUUGGUCACAGCAAAUUGGAUAUGAUUACCAACUAUAACAAAGCAAAACCAAAAAUAGUUCACAGUCGAUUUGAAAUGUAAUCUAACAAAAAUAUUUCAAAUAUGGAAUGAAACUAUGAUAAUACAUCAGAUUUAGCUGAUAAAUAUUGGGAAAGUUUAAAGAAGCUUAAUAAAGCCAGAAAAACAAUCACAUAACUGUGAAAGAGAUUUAAAAUUUUUACUACUUACCUCUAGAGUUAAUUUGAAAGGAUAUGCAUUUUGAACAUUGAAAACAAUGUCCGGUACUUUUGCCUCACGGAAAUAAUGAGAAUCUUUCAUUAUUCAGAAUUUCUAAAAUACUGGAAAGGCAUGUUGAGAACAAGGUUAUUUCUGAGUUUAAUAGGGGAGAGAGGAACUACAUACCAAUUUAAACAAUUUGAUGAAUAUCAAUUUGUAAAUAAAAUAGGUUAUAUACAAUUAGACAAAUAUCAGUAUGUAAAUAAAAUCGUAUAUGUAUAAAAUGUAUAGUACAAACAAUUUGGUUUAAAGGGCUGGUAAAGAGAUUAUAAUGCAUUUCUUUGAUAAAAGCACACGUCUCAAUUGCCCAAUGUGGAUUAUUCUGCAAUUCUGUUUAAGACAGAACUACAGAAAUCCACAUUUACCAAAGUAGCAAAAAAUAAAGAACUCUCAGUUGUUUCCUUCUGUUGCAAACAUGACAGAAAUAGGAAAAGACAACUUUUAGUUUAAAUAUCAGAAUAUUAACACUAUAAAAUUAAUAAAUCUAAUCUCCUUGACUCAGCAAAAAGCCUGCAAAAAUGUUUUGGCAGGUACAAAAGAAAAGAAAUGUCAAUAAUAUUGCAAUGAUUAAUCGACUUUUGUCUUAAAAUUUUGUUUACAAACUGGAAAAACAAGAUGCAUUGCAUUAGUUCUGUUCAUAUGCUGUAUCUUUUAAAUACAUUAAUAUAUAACAUUGUAAUUCAAAGUGGUCAAUCAGAUUUUAAUAAUGAGCAUAUACAAUCAAAGCUGAGCUCAAUUUAUUUCUACUAUAAUAAGUAACUUCAGAAGAAGCCAUUUUCUGUCCAAUCAAAGUGAUGUUCUUGUAAGUCCUCUGAACUCAAAGACAGUGUUCUUUGAUUGCUCAAGUAUAUGUCAGCAGUUAACCAUUUUAAUCAAUUGGACUUACUUUGUAUGGAAGAACAAAUUGUCACUACUGACAUUUGUUAUUUCUGAAAAUCAAUAUUUGAUAUGCUUCCUGAGGGAGUUUAGUUUAACCUAGAUUUUUGAGAUUUCAUGAAGGAAUCACAAGGAAAGCUAUGAUUGUUUUAAUAAUAAAUGAAACAUUGUUUUAAUUUCAAAAACUGGUAGUUCUGUCAAUAGCAGUUUAAUGUAUAAAUGUCUUAAGGACUCCUCUUUCUUUUUUCUUCUCUCUUGCUCGUUGUCUCUUUCUCUCUGGUUAAUCAUAACCUUGACAAUGUAUAAUCUGAUGGUGCUUUUGAAAUAAACAGUAGUCUAUGUUAUUUGUUUAACUAUCAUCUACUAAAUAAAGUACAGUAGUUAUAUACAAAUAAUAUAGGCUAUAAAAAAUAACUCCACCUGAGACAAAUCUGUUUGACGUAACCAAAGCAGUCCCAAGUCCGGA